AUGUUAGCAGGUCUAGCUUGCCAGGUCAGUGGGCUGUAUCUUUUUUCUGAAAUUGCAUCAACGACGCAUAUUUGGCCAGGCCAGUUUGGAUAUCUGGUAUUGGCCGGUAUCGGGGUUGGCUUGAGCAUAGCUGCAUUCUAUAUGAUCGCGCCACUGGUGGUAGAAGAACAAGAUCAGGCAGCUUGCAUCGGAAUUGGAAUUCAAUCUCGAACGCUCGGCGGUGUCCUAGGUAUCUCGGCUGCGACAACUAUUCUGAACUAUUAUCUACGGAGCAGAUUGACUGGAAUUUUGCAGCCGGAAGAGCUUGUCGCUAUUUUGAAAACAAGCGAAUCGAUAAAAUAUUUGACAGUAGAGGCUCAAGAUCACGUCCGGGAUGUUUACGCUAUGGCCUAUAGCAUGCAGAUGAAACUAGCUGGCGCCUUCUCGGCAGCGCAGCUGUUAGCAAUUGGGAUGUUAUGGAAACGAAAAAAUAUCCGAUUUUCGAAGCCCGCACCUUCAACAUGA